CAGAUUUUCAAAAUUUAGACUUUUGCUAUAAAAAGCCUUUUCCUCGACUUAUUUUCUCCAUUCUGAUCUGUGUUAUCUUGCAUUCUUCGAAAAAACAAAUCUCAUUUUCCGGUCAACUAUGGAAAACACAUUCAAAACGUCAGCAUCUCAGACUAGCGGAGAAAUGAACACAGAGCAGCUCGCCGCCGCCGUCGCUGGCGUCAAUCCGCCGACUGUUUCUCCUGCGGUUGCUCAGAACACUCACUUGUCCUUCGCUUCGCCGGCGCCCCGUCCGUAUCCGUCGGCGGAGGCAGCUACCGGUACCGGUGCUCAGGUUGCUCAGAACACGCAGUUGUCAUUCGCUUCGCCGCUGCCCCGUCAGUACCCGUCGGCGGAGGGCGCUACCGUUACCGGUGCUCAGGUUGCUCAGAACAGGCGCUUGUCCUUCGCUUCGCCGCCGCCCCGUCCGUAUCCGUCGGCGGAGGGCGCUACUGGUACCGGUGUUGCGCUGUCAAAUGUGAACGUCAAUUCAUCUGAACGGGUGACAAAGAAGAGAGGCAGGCCAAGGAAGAACGGCUCAGAUGGGUCUAUUGCGUUUGGUCCUAUGGCAGCUGCUUCGGCAUCCGCCGCCGUAACUCCGCCGCAAGGACCGGUUUCUUCUGCGGCUGCGCAGCCUGUAUCUGAAGGGGGACCGUCGAAGAAACCCAGAGGCAGACCCCCUGGCUCUUGCGGGAAACAGCGACGUCGAACUUUUGGAUCGGCAGGUUCUGGCAUUACACUUACACCUCAUGUUAUCACUGUGGAAAAAGGAGAGGACAUAGGAGGAAAAAUAGUUUCAUUUACUCGGCAAGCUGCAAGGAGUGUUAGUAUCAUGUCUGCCCAUGGUGUUGUAUCCAAAGUGGUGCUUGUACGUGCUGAUGAAACUGAGACACAUGAGGGACAGUUCGAUAUAGUGUCUCUAUCUGGUUCCUUCAGGGAAUCCAUAAUUGGCGAUGAGGAUAGCUGGACGGGUGCAAUAAACAUAGCUGUAACUAGAGAUGGAUUGGUGCUAGGUGGUAACGUGAUCGGUGAUCUGACGGCUGCAUCACAAGUCGAGAUUAUUCUUGGCACUUUUGUUGACGAGGAAAGAGCCAAUAGCCCACCAGCGCAUGGGACUUUUGGUGAGUCGUCCGGGCGCCAAGGCAGUCCUUUCAAUCAUGGAGAUAACAAUGCGAACAUGCAAGGCAUGCCAAGCAUGCCUUAGAGAAGUUGCCAACAAAUGUUAAAGGAAGCGAAGUAGAAAGAUUUUGAACUGAAUUUGAAGAAACAGAAGAAGUUCUGCACGCAGGCCUGAAUUCUCAACAUGGACUUGGAAAAGAAGAGUUACCAUUGAAAAGUGCUGGAGUCGUGAUAUUCACGGCUUGUUGAAGAGUUUCUUCUUUAUUUUCUUCUUUUAUGGAUUCUUCUAUGCUUUCUACUUCGGUUUUGUUUUGUUGACGUUUUUCGGCUAAGUUUUAUGAACCUUUUUGUUGGAUGAUUCUUAAACAGUUCGUUGAUUUUAUUUAUAUAAAUUAAAUGU